AGCACAUGAUUUCCCCACUAAAACCACGCCAAAAUUAUCAGCUGCCAUUCCCACGCCUCGCCCUCCCUCCUCCUCCGGCGCUCCGGCCAGGCUAGGCUAGGCUACGGUGAGCGAGCGAGCGAGCUAGCCCCACCCCAGCUCAGCCAUGGAGGAGGACUUCGCGCGGGCGGUGGAGGACGGCCUCAAGCUGUCCAAGCGCCUCGUCCUCCCGGGGGGCGGCGCGCCCUCGCCGCGGCCCCUCGCUCCGAUGGACCGGUCCCUCGACGUCACGUCGCUGCUGCCGUCGGCGCCGAUGGCGUACGCCGUCGUGGUCGACCCGGCCGCGGUCGACAGCCCCGACGUGCCCAGCUACCAGCCCCACGUCUACGGCCGCCUCGACCCGCCCGCGCUCAUCCCGCUCCACGUGCGGGAGGUCGACCUCGCCGUCGACUGCGCUUACGCGGGCUCCCCCGCCGCCGAGGUCACCGUGCGGGCGCGCUGGUGGGUGCAGUGCAUCGCCCGCAGCCGCGACUGCCACUGCCGCCUCGUCGUGCCCAUGGGCGAUCAGGGUUCAAUUCUAGGAGCUGAGGUUACUGUUGGGAAGCGAUCAUACAAAACUCAUGUAAUUGAGGUAGAGGAUCAAGGUUCAGUGAAUAUUGCUAAAACUGAGAGUGGGGGUCUUUUAAAGAGCCAAUUCUUUUCCUUGACAAUACCUCAGGUUGGAGGAGGAGAAGACAUUUUUGCCACAAUUAGAUGGACACAAAAGUUACUAUAUGAUAAUGGACAGUUUUCUGUUGAUAUUCCUUUUCGAUUUCCACAAUAUGUGAACCCUUUGCCAAAAGUAUUUAUGAAAAAGGAAAAAAUUCAGUUAACUCUGAAUAGUGGUGUGAGUAAGGAGGUUUUAUUGAAGGGAUCAAGUCAUCCAUUGAAGGAAAGAAGUAGGCAAGGUGAGAAAUUGUCUUUCUUCCAUGAAGCAGUUGUUGAGAACUGGUCAAACAAAGAUUUUACCUUUUCAUAUAGUGUAUACUCAGGUGAUUUGUCUGGCGGAAUGCUUGUCCAACCUUCAACAUUGCGUGAUUAUGAUGAUAGAGACAUGUUUUUCAUUUUUCUUUUACCAGGAAAUAACCAAAAAAGAAAGAUCUUCAGAAGGGCAGCUGUUUUUAUCAUUGAUACAAGUGGAAGCAUGGAAGGAAAGCCUCUUCAGAGUGUUAAGAAUGCCAUGUACACUGCUCUUUCUGAGCUUGUGCAUGGAGAUUACUUCAACAUAAUAACAUUUAAUGAUGAGCUUCAUUCGUUCUCAUCAUGUUUGGAGCAAGUGAGUGACAAAACAAUAGAAAAUGCAAAGGGGUGGAUGGACUCAAACUUCAUUGCUGAGGGUGGCACUGAUAUCAUGCAUCCAUUGAGUGAGGCAAUAGCUUUGCUGUCAAGCUCCAAUGAUGCUCUUCCACAAAUCUUUCUUGUGACUGAUGGAUCAGUUGAGGAUGAAAGGAAUAUUUGCCUCACUGUGAAAGAACAGCUCGCAACUAGAGGAUCUAAGUCUCCUCGGGUUUCUACUUUUGGACUAGGUUCGUAUUGCAAUCACUAUUUCUUGAGGAUGUUGGCAUCUAUUGGCAGGGGGCAUUAUGAUGCUGCAUUUGAUACAGGGUCAAUCGAGGGUCGGAUGCUUCAGUGGUUCCAGAAAGCUUCAAACACAACAGUGACAAAUAUUUCCAUUGAUGCUACAAAGUAUAUUCAAGAAUUUGAAGUGGAUUCUGAAUGUAUUCAAGAUAUUUCUGCAAAUUACCCAGUAUGUGUGUCUGGAAGAUACCAAGGCAAGCUUCCAGAGGUUCUUAUUGCCAAGGGUUACUUGGCUGACAGGAGUGAAAUAUCUAUUGAAUUGAGGGUCCAGCAUAUAAAGGAUAUUCCUCUUGACAAAGUGUUAGCAAAGCAGCAGAUGGAUCUUCUCACAGCAAAAGCAUGGCUUUAUGAAAACGAUCAACUAAAGAGAAAGGUGGCGAAACUGAGCAUACAAAACAGCAUUCCUUCUGAGUACACACACACUGUCCUACUUCAAACCAUCCUGGAGAAAAUAGAUCAAGCACAACAGGGAAAGCAAAAGCCAAAGAAAAAUACCAGCCCAAACGAGCAAUUAGCGACAUCACUCAACGGAUUGUCGCUGGGGUUCGGUGACGUAGCGGCAACAAGGGAGAACCUUUCCGCUGGAUUCGGGGACACAAAACCACCCGAGAGGUUCGAGAUGUUCGAGAAGGCCGUGGGCUGCUGCAGCCGCCUCGCGGACUGCUGCUGCUGCAUGUGCUUCAUCAACGCGUGCAGCAAGAUGAACGACCGGUGCGCCAUUGCCCUGGCGCAGUUCUGCGGUGCUCUCUCCUGCCUGGCAUGCGUCGAGUGCUGCUCUCUCUGCUGCGGUGGCUCUGAUUGACAGCAUCAAAUGGUGAACUGUGCAUAUAGAACCACUGUAUAGGAUUGGGCAUCACAUAUAUUUGUACAAUAUUUGAUCAAGAAAGACAUUUCCCUAUGUUGAUGUUUGAUCUUGUGUAUCAAAGUUGGAAAUUGUAUGGUCACUGUCGAUGUAGCGGUAACCUGGUUGCAGCAAAAUGUAUAUUUAUCC